CUAGCUCGCUCUCUGGCGCGCUCCCUUUCUUAUGGGUCGCCUAGGAAACAACCGGCUGUGGCAGCUCAGUUCGGCUUGGGGCGCACGCUCAGCGUCACGUGGGGCAUGGAGGCCCAAUGGAGACGACGGACUGCAUCAUGAAACUUACAAUGGGGAUUCUGUACAGAAAGAGUGACACCUUUUCAGAAGCAUGUCACUUCCUCUCAGUUCCUGCGGCUGGGAACUUGCUGGACGUCUGAAUCUUCUGCUGACAGAAGCAGAAAUGAUAUGGCUCACUGGGAGGGCAAUCCGACUACAGAGACUUUCCUGGCUGUUGCAGUGGCCUCUGAAUAAAGUUACUUUUGAUAAAGAGGCUUCUUCCAUGGCAUGAAUCCUCAUUUGCUUCCAGGAUCCAAAGCUUAAAGAAGAAAAAGCCUGAGGGUCAGGACACUUAAAGGAGUAAAGAAGUGAUUUGAGUUCCUGUGAGGAACAGAAUUAUCUACUUACAUUUAUACAGUGCUGUUUUAGAAAACUAGCCUCUAACCAAGAAUAAAAAUUGUUGUCAGAAUAAUAUGCGAACAGAUCAUGAAGAACUCUGUGGCACCAGUUAUGGACCUUUUUGCCUAAAUGGCGGGAUUUGUUAUAUGAUCCCUACUGUAUCCAGUCCAUUUUGCAGGUGUAUUGAGAACUAUACAGGAGCCCGUUGUGAAGAAGUUUUGCUACCUAGUCUCAAGACCCAAAUUAAAAGUGAACCGUUUGCAGCUUUCUUGGCUUCGGUUGUUGUUCUAGGAAUUCUUGUAAUUGGAACAUUCUACUUCCUUUGCAGAGUCAAGAUGGUGAGGUAUUCACUGAGCUCUUCAAAAGAAGGAAGGUCCACAUUCGAAGGGCCAGCUCAACAGAGCGUGGUGUCAGCCUGGUUGAGACUACCAGCAGCAAUGGCUGCAACAAGAUAACAGAAUAAAGCAAUAAAACAGGAACUAUGGGAGAACAACAUGCAGAGGAACCAUAACAACAGAACAGGCGCUGUGGAGGGUCUGGUAACCAGGAUGAACAAAGAAGAAAUUAGAAACAAAUAAAUCGGCUAAUGUACUGGGAGAAGAUGGCACAUAGAGCAUAAUAGGGAAAAAUAGUUACAUUUAUCAGAGUGCCUGAUUAUUUUCAAAGAAGGGAAGUCACAUUGUAGAGAAAUCAUUAGAACCAUUUUUGAAUCUUCUGUGAGCUUUCCCCUGACAAAUGUAUUGCAGACUCUCUACAGCCAAGUAGUUCUAUCUGGGAGUUCUUUCUUUUUCCAAUGCAAAGACAGGGAGCAUGAGAAUCUUUGAGGUAUUUCACCAUGUAAAGAGUAUAUCAUUUUAGAGGUUUUCACGAGAUCGUCCCCUUCUCAUAGGAAAGUCUGGAAGCAGCACAAAGAGGUCAAGGGACUCUCUCAAUCCAGUAGUUUCAAAACAUAUCUGGGAUAUAUGUUCAGAAUUUGGCUGACUUCAGACAUACUCAUCAGAUGUGGAUAAAAGGGCCUCUCCCUCCACUUUCUCUCCAGCUGAUAUAAGACCUACAUUUUUGUUUUAAAUAGUGAUUCAAUGGUUCCUCACACGGUCUUGAAACAUCACCUUGUUGGCCAGCCUCCUAGCUAAGAGACUUCAACUUGAAGUAAAACAGUGUUAAAAUGAGGAAAUUCAUAACAGUUAAAGAAAAUCUACUGGGCAGAGUAAUUACCCUGUGCUUGGUAUAUGCUCCUAACACUGGACAAAGAGCCUUUCCCAAUGCUAUUCUUCCUGUCCUGACAUUUUCUUCCGAGGAUCUCAUUGUUGAGGGAGAUUUAAAUCUCACCUCAAAUCCUACAGUUGAUAGAUCAGACAGUGGAAAGGAGGAACCCAAUUCCCCUGGCUCAUAUUUGAAACAAAAUCUUUCCCAGCUCAGUCUACUGGAUUCAUGGAAGAAUGUGAAGCCAUUUGUGAGGGAUUAUUUGUUUUAUUCAUAUCCCCAUUUGCUGUUCACGCAAAUAGAUUAUAUAUCUUUGUCUGCUUGCUUAAAGGAUUUUUUAACUGAGGCAAAGAGAGGUGAAUUUACAUGGUCAGUCCCUCUUCCUAUCAUGACAACACUUAAAGAUUUGUUUGGUUGUAGGAGGCAUAGCAACUGGGACUUGAAUAAUCCAUUAUUUGAAAACUUUAUAGUAUUGAAUGAUGUAAUUAGCAAAACCAAAAUUUCUUUCAAUAAUGAUAAAAAUGGAAACAUAUGUACCAAUAUACUAUGGAAGGUUUAUAAGGCAGUAUUGAGGGGGAAAUUAAUUGAGAUAUUCUCUAGAAUUAAAAGGGGAAAAAAUACAGAAGACAAGUUUCUUCACUCUGAAA